AUGAGACAACAUGUCAGCCGGUAUGAAGAUCUACUGACCACGGUGAAGAAAAGGAAACUGAGGUGGUACGGACAUGUAACGAGAGCAAGCGGAUUGUCAAAGACCAUCCUCCAAGGUACAGUGCAGGGAAGGAGGAGACGGGGCAGACAGAGUAAAAAGUGGAUAGACAACAUCGCCGAAUGGACCAGUGAAAGUUGUGCCACAACACAGGCCCUUGCUCACGACCGUUACAGCGUGAGCGGUAUCUAUACGAUAUUCCCCGCGGGAUUUGCAGAUGGUUUGAGGGUGUACUGCGACAUGGAGACCGACGGUGGAGGCUGGCUUGUCAUUCAGAGGCGUCAGGAUGGCAGUGUUGACUUUUACCGCGGAUGGGUUGACUACCGCGUGGGCUUUGGGGACUUGGCUGGUGAGUUUUGGCUCGGCAACGACAACUUGCGCACCUUGAGUGAUUCUUCUGGAUCUUGGGAUCUUCGAAUCGAUUUGGAGGACUGGGAUGGUAACACAACCUGGGCCGAGUACGGAAAUUUCCGGAUCAUCUCUGGACAAGAUUACCGUCUGAGUUUUGAUUCGUACAAUGCUAACAGCACGGCCAGAAACUCAUUGGCUAACCACAAUCACCAGCCGUUUUCAACAAAGGACAAGGACAAUGACUCUCAUAAUAAUCUUAACUGCGCAGAAGAUGAGAAAGGAGCUUGGUGGUACAUUUGGUGUUCUGAUUCAAACCUGAACGGUAUUUAUUUUUAUGCGCCUUCACAUAUAAAUUUUCAAGGCAUCAUUUGGAGUUCUUGGAAAGGAUAUUCCUACUCGCUGAAAAAAUGUGGCAUGAAAAUUCGACGUAGUAUGGACUAUUUACAGGCUGCUUAAAUAUUAUUACUAUAUAUACCUCAUGAAUAUUCAUCGUGCAGCCUUGGCAUUUCAUUUGUCCAUUCCAGCAACUCAACUGUGUGAAAGUUUUUACUAUU